UUCCCAAGCACCCCUGUGUCAUUUCGUGACCGCACCCGGAGUCCACCUCAGGCUAUCGUCCCGAACGGCCUCACCUAUCUCAGACAGUGGGGCGCAGUGGGUCGUCCGUCCUUGGCGCAGGCUGAGAACGAGGCUCCAGACUUGUGGGAGUCCUCGGUUCCGUCCCACUGGGGAAGAAAGGAUUUGGUCAUUGGCUGCCCAGCCGUUCCUCACAUCUAUACAGAACCCUCACAAGUCACAUCCCAAGGUCCUGGGGACCCGAUGGCUCCACCCGGAGGCCACACCACCUGUCUCUGUCACCUCCACAGGGUCCCCAGCCAGGGAAGAGCCUCUGAGGAGCCUGCCCCUUGGGUGAACCUCUUUCCCGCUGAAGGUCUGCAGGCCCGACCUUCGUUUCUGGAGCAGACUCUGUUUCAGAAAAGUCUCGGAUUACCCAGGCCCAAGUCCUCGCCCCGCAGCCCGGGCUGGUCUGGAACUUGGGGCAGUCCUCCUGCCCCAGCCUCUUGGGCCUCUGGGUGACCACACCAUCCUGCUGUGGUCUCUGCUGCGCGUCCUGAGACACAGGUGCCACCAAGAUGUCAAACCCGUUCCUGAAGCAAGUCUUCAACAAGGACAAAACUUUCCGGCCUAAGCGCAAGUUCGAGCCCGGCACGCAGCGCUUCGAGCUCCACAAGCGCGCGCAGGCGUCCCUGAACGCGGGGCUGGACCUGCGGCUGGCGGUGCAGCUGCCCCCGGGCGAGGACCUCAACGACUGGGUGGCCGUGCACGUGGUGGACUUCUUCAACCGUGUCAACCUCAUCUACGGCACCAUCAGCGACGGCUGCACCGAGCAGUCGUGCCCGGUCAUGUCCGGGGGCCCCAGGUACGAGUACCGCUGGCAGGACGAGCAGCGCUUCCGGAAGCCCACGGCGCUCUCCGCGCCCCGCUACAUGGACCUGCUCAUGGACUGGAUCGAGGUGCAGAUUAACAACGAGGAUAUCUUCCCCACCAACGUCGGCACACCGUUCCCCAAGAACUUCCUGCAGGCGGUGCGCAAGAUCCUGUCGCGGCUGUUCCGCGUGUUUGUGCACGUGUACAUCCAUCACUUCGACCGCAUCGCGCAGAUGGGCUCCGAGGCGCACGUCAACACCUGCUACAAGCAUUUCUACUACUUCGUCACCGAGUUCAGCCUCAUCGACCCCAAGGAGCUGGAGCCCCUGAAGGAGAUGACCUCACGGAUGUGUCACUGAGGCCAGCGGGGAAGUCCACGUCGGCUUUGUACAGCCUGUGACUCCGGAGCGUCGCCCCAGAUGCCAUCAGAAGAGCAGAGGGACCCUGGCUCCCCCUCCAGCUGACCUGUCCCCUGGCAGGGG